AUGCGAUCUCUCUCUCUCUCUUUCUCUUUGCCACUUGUUUGCUCUCCCGCAUUCGCUUUACUCUCUAGGGGUAGCUUUCCCCUUCUUUACUUCUUUCUCGGCCAGUUACUAUACACAGCUAAACCGCAGACCGUAUCUCUUCAAAACGGCAUAAACAACCCCGUAAGUCACCGUCAUCAUCUUCGUUGUGCUGCAGUUCGGUAAAAAUUUGCACAUAAAAAUCGCUACACUCUACUGUUACCACCCAUCCAGUAUCCUCGUUCGAUCAUACCCGUACACGCGUGUGUGACGACUGUCCGACAUUAGCAAGCAAAACAAAAAGGGAAACAAAUUUGACAUCAUCCCGAACAGCCAAACGGCAGCAGCAGCAGCAGCAGCAGCGUCGUGAGCGUGUGACAGAUAGCACCCAAUAACACGCAGACGGUGCGCUCAGUGCUCUUUCCCUUUUUUACUACGGUGAGGCCACUACUACGUGCAGUUUUGUACCAGGGAAGAAUAAGUGCCGUGUUCAAGAUUCGUGUGAAACAAAUUAAAUCGUUCUUCUUAAAGUACGCGCUCAUACCCUUAACAGGAACCAUGUUUGCCCUCUGGUACUUCUCGUUAGCGAUGGAUGAGCUGAGAAAACGCAUUCCGAUUCUGGAUAGAAUUUUUGCGUUUUUCACUGGUAAAAAUCGAACCGUACAAGCACUACCGGAAUCGACGCCUUCGGAUGAACCAAAACCGAAAGCACCUGAAGCAAAGGUAUCGGAAAAGCUCACAGCGGUAGAACCGACCAAGCCUACCCCUGAACAAAAGCCCGUACAGCCAGUUCGAACACCGGUGGUAGAACCGGUUAAGCCUGUAGCUCCUAAACCGGAACCACCGAAGACUCCCGUGUCCACAACACCUGAAACUCCCUCCGUUCCGGUGUCAGUGAACAAACCGGUCCCGGUUGCGCCAGCACCCGCGAAGCCAGCAACUCCGGUUGAACCUAGCAAAGUGCCCCCAGUCCUUCCCAAACCAUCUACACCAGCAGUGGAGGAGGAAGUUAAACCGAAAGAUCUUCCAAAGCCGGAACCAGUGGCGACACCUGCUCCUGCUCCCAAAGAACCCAUUUCCGUACCAACUCCAGCUCCCGCAGCCACGCCCGCACCGGCACCUGCUAGACUUGUGAAGGAAAAGAAAGAGCUACCCUCACCGACACCGAAACCGGCGCCUGCCCCGGCAAGUGACGCCCCAACCCUGCCAUCCAACAACGAGGACAGCUUCAUCAUCGUCGAGCAGCAGAAACCGGCCACCAAACCGGGCCAGAAGCCAAAGGUUGAUGUUAAAAAUUCAACCAUGGACUUCCUGCAGGGCGAAAGUGGUCGUGGUGGUGCAUCCGGUGCCACAUCUCCAUCGUCCCUUUCUGCCGACAGGUAACCGAAAAAUAAACACACACGCUUUAGACACUAGACACGUUGGCUGAUUUACGGCAGUAACGGGUACUGCUGCUCCUUUCGAAGGUGAAAUCUAGCUGGGCGUGUGGGAGCUGGCGGAUGGAAGAUGGCUUUGCUUGCGUUCAGGCGCAUAAUGUCUGAUGAGCUGCUAAAUUAUUUCACCUGUUCACCAAUGUUUGGCCCAAGCUAUUCGUUAAUUUCGUACGCUGUAGAUUAAUUCUAGAAGGUGAAAUAUAAUGCGAGUGUAUUGUGCUGCGAUAAA